AUGGCCCUCUCGGCCUGGGCCUUCUGCUGUGUCCUGGGGGACCUCCUGCUCCAUGGGGGCAGCUCCAGCCUGGGCCCCAGUCCUAACGUGCCUCGCCUGCGGCUCUCCUAUCGAGACCUCCUGUCUGUCAACCGUUCUGCCAUCUUUCUGGGCCCGCGGGGUUCCCUGGACCUCCAGGCCAUGUACCUGGAUGAGUACCGGGACCGCCUCUUUCUGGGAGCCCGCGAUGCCCUCUACUCUCUGCGGCUAGACCAAGCGUGGCCAGACCCCCGGGAGGUACUGUGGCCACCGCAACCAGGACAGAGGGAGGAAUGUGUUCGCAAGGGAAGAGAUCCUUUGACGGAAUGCACCAACUUUGUGCGAGUGCUGCAGCCUUACAACAGGACCCACCUGCUGGCCUGUGGCACUGGGGCCUUCCAGCCCACCUGCGCCCUCAUUGCAGUUGGGCACCGUGGGGAGCACGUCCUCUACCUGGAUACUGGCAGUGUGGAAAGUGGGCGGGGGCGGUGUCCCCAUGAGCCAAGUCGUCCCUUCGCCAGCACCUUUGUAGGUGGAGAGCUGUACACAGGCCUCACUGCUGACUUCCUGGGCCGAGAGGCCAUGAUCUUCCGAAGUGGGGGUCUCCGGCCAGCCCUGCGUUCUGACUCUGACCAGAGCCUCUUGCACGACCCCCGUUUUGUGAUGGCCGCCCGGAUCCCUGACAACUCUGACCAGGACAAUGACAAGGUGUACUUCUUCUUCUCGGAAAAAGUCCCCUCGCCUGAUGGUAGCCCAGGCCAUGUCACUGUCAGCCGUGUGGGCCGUGUCUGCAUGAAUGAUGCUGGUGGCCAGCGGGUGCUGGUGAACAAAUGGAGCACCUUCCUCAAGGCCAGGCUGCUCUGCUCGGUGCCCGGCCCUGGUGGUGCUGAGACCCACUUUGACCAGCUGGAGGAUGUGUUCUUGCUGUGGCCCAAGGCCGGGAGGAGCCUCGAGGUGUAUGCGCUGUUCAGCACCAUCAGUACCGUGUUCCAGGGCUUUGCUGUCUGCCUGUACCAUAUGACAGACAUCUGGGAGGUCUUCAACGGGCCCUUUGCCCACCGAGAUGGUCCUCAGCAUCAAUGGGGGCCUUAUGGGGGCAAGGUGCCCUUCCCCCGCCCAGGUGUGUGCCCCAGCAAGAUGACUGCACAGCCAGGACGACCUUUCAGCAGCACCAAGGAGUACCCGGAUGAGGUGCUGCAGUUCACCCGAGCCCAUCCACUCAUGUUCCGGCCUGUGCGGCCUCGGCAUGGCCACCCCGUGCUCGUCAAGACCCACCUGGCCCAGCAACUGCGCCAGAUCGUGGUGGACCGCGUGGAGGCAGAGGAUGGGACCUACGACGUCAUCUUUCUGGGGACUGAUUCAGGCUCUGUGCUCAAAGUCAUCGCCCUCCAGACAGGGGGCUUCGUUGAGCCUGAGGAGGUGGUUCUGGAGGAACUCCAGGUGUUUAAGGUGCCAACACCCAUCACUGAAAUGGAGAUCUCUGUCAAAAGGCAAAUGCUGUAUGUGGGCUCGAGGCUAGGUGUGGCCCAGCUGCGGCUGCACCAGUGUGAGAUUUACGGCAGUGCCUGUGCGGAAUGCUGCCUGGCCCGGGACCCAUACUGUGCCUGGGAUGGCGCUUCCUGUACCCGCUAUCGCCCCAGCCCCAGCAAGCGCCGGUUUCGCCGGCAGGACAUCCGGCAUGGCAACCCUGCCCUCCAGUGUGUGGGCCAGAGCCAGGAAGAAGAGACUGCAGGACUCAUGGCAGCCACCACGGUCUAUGGCACGGAGCACAACAGCACCUUUCUGGAGUGCCUGCCCAAGUCUCCCCAGGCUGCUGUACGCUGGUUUUUGCAGAGGCCAGGGGAUGAGAGUCCUGACCAGGUAAAGACAGAUGAGCGAGUCCUGCACGUGGAGCAGGGGCUGCUGUUCCGCAGGCUCAGCCGCCUGGAUGCCGGCACCUAUACCUGCAUGACGCUGGAGCAUGGCUUCUCCCAGACUGUGGUCCGCCUGGCUCUCAAGGUGAUUGUGGCCUCACAGCUGGACAGUCUGUUCCCUCCGGAGUCCAGGCCAGAGGAGCCUCCAGCCCGGGGAGGCCUGGCGUCCACCCCACCCAAGGCCUGGUACAAGGACAUCCUACAGCUCAUCGGCUUCGCCAACCUGCCCCGGGUGGAUGAGUACUGUGAACGUGUAUGGUGCAGAGGCACCAUGGAGUGCUCAGGCUCCUUCCGGGGCCGGGGCCGGGGCAAGCAGGCCAAGGGCAAGAGCUGGGCAGGGCUGGAGCUGGGCAAGAAAAUGAAGAGCCGGAUGCAGGCUGAGCACAAUCGGACACCCCGGGAGGUAGAGGCCACGUAGAAAAGGGCAGAGGAGGGGUGGUCAGGAUGGGCUGGGGCGCCCAGUAGUAGCCCUCAGCAUCUCCCACCCACCCAACUAGGGCAGAGUGGGCCAGGAUGUCAGAUUGCUUCUUAGA